AUGGUUCGGAAUAUCGUCGUCUUGGGAGGGAAUUCCCAUCCCCGCCUCGUUGACACCGUCACCAACAUUCUCGGUGUUCCGCAGUGCAACCGGAUUCUCAAGAAAUUUUCUGUCGGGGAAAGCCGCUUAGAGAUCCAAGACUCGGUCCGAGGCAAAGAUGUCUACAUCAUCCAGUCUGGAGCCGGUAAGGUCAAUGAUAACUUCGUUGACCUCUGCAUCAUGAUCUCGGCCUGCAAAACCGGAUCUGCGAAGCGUGUCACCGCCGUCCUCCCAUUGUUUCCCUACUCCCGACAACCUGAUGUGCCAUACAACAAAAUUGGGGCUCCACUAUCGAAACCGCCAACGGAUGUCAAUAGAACCGAUUUUACUUUCGAAAGUCGGCCUACAACCCCUAGCCCAGCCCAACCGCAGAGCCAAGGGCUUACGAAUGGCAUCGACGGACUGCAGCGAAAACUAGGCAAGACUUCUCUCGAGCAGCAGAACGGGUCAAAUGGUAUUACUCCACCAAGACGCUCCGAUACAGCUGAUUCGCUUCAGUCUCUAAAUGGACGGGACCGCGGUUCCUCGCUGGGAUCCCCGGCAGCUCCCGCCUUCACCACCCACGAUUACGAUAACCAAGCUAUGGUCAACAAGAACUUCUUUCAGGCCAAGCCAGGAUACAAGCAAUGGGUAGCUCAAGCUGGAACGCUUGUUGCAGACCUCUUGACAUGUGCUGGAGCCGACCACAUAAUUACAAUGGAUCUGCAUGACCCUCAAUAUCAGGGAUUCUUCGACAUUCCCGUGGACAACUUGUAUGGCAAGAGUCUUCUGAAAAAGUAUAUUGAAACAAGGAUUCCGGAUUUCAAAAAUGCUGUCAUUGUCAGUCCGGAUGCUGGUGGUGCGAAGAGGGCCACCGCUAUUGCGGACGAUCUCAACUUGGAAUUCGCAUUGAUCCACAAGGAACGCCGCCCAACGCGUAUUACAGACCGUCAGAAUGCCACCAUGAUGCUCGUCGGAGAUGUUGCGAACAGGGUCACUAUCCUAGUUGAUGAUCUAGCCGACACUUCGAACACAAUCACUAGAGCAGCCAAGCUACUGAAGAAAGAGGGCGCUACUCGAGUCUACGCUUUGCUCACGCACGGCAUAUUCAGCGGGGAUGCCAUCGCUCGUAUCAAUGCUUCUGCUUUAGAUAAGGUCGUUGUGACGAAUAGCGUUCCUCAGGAGGAACACUGCCGACUGUGCCCUAAGCUGGAAGUUCUGGAGGUUGGCUAUGUGUUUGCUGAGGCUAUCCGUCGUGUCCACCAUGGAGAAUCUAUCAGUGCCCUUUUCUGGGACUAG